UCUAUUUUAAUUUUGUGUGACGUUUAUGCAUUUUAAUUUGAUUGUGUCUGAUGCAUAGAAGUACAGAAUUUCAAGUUACAAUUUCAUCAGAUGGAGUACAAAUAUAUUUUUGCAUUUCUUAGAUUGAAAAUUAACCACGAAAAUGGACGGAUUUAAAAGGAUCCUGCUGGGUUUGUUGUGUGUGUCCAUUGGCGUCUUUUUACUAAUGUAUAGACAAUCAUACACAUUCAGAUCAAUACAGAUGGAAGUGAAGAUGAUGGGAAACACAACUUUAAACGAACAGAAGUUUCACAUCACUGAAAACACAUCUUCAAGCAAUCGAACGUUUCAAAUUCUCUGGUAUAAUCCCCCUGCUUUUAUACGACUUUAUCGCAAAGACGUCAUGUAUUGUGGAUUUGCCAAAUGCGAGUACCGUAAUUGCAAUAUGACCUUUAACAAACUAGAAGCAAAUAAUAGCCAAGCAGUUAUAUUUGAUGGUCAAAACAUGCCGAGAAAACUUGAUUUUACUCGUGCAGAUGGUCAAGUUUGGAUUUUUGCCGCUAAUGAAUCUCCUUUUUCAUACGGCGCAAAUGGUAAUUGGUGGUAUAGAAAUAAAGAAUACUUAUUUAACUGGACAAUGACCUACAACAAGGAUAACACAGACAUAUUUCUGCCUUAUGGAGAAAUACUAAAACACAAGCGUGAGAUGAGAAAGGACUUUAAAUCCAUUGCUAAAAAUAAAAAUAGAACACUAUUAAUGAUAGCAUCACACUGCCAUACGCAUUCGAAACGACAAGAAUACGUUAACAUUUUACGGAAGUAUGUUGAUAUAGAGGUUUUGGGACAUUGCGGUGAAAAGUGGACCUGUGGAGCGCGCUAUAAACAUGACGAAAACUGUUUUCAGCUUCUAAAUACAACUUUCUGAUUUUAUCUAGCAUUUGAGAAUGCUUUGUGCCAUCAAUAUUUCACAGAAAAGUUUUACGAAAACUUCAAUUAUGAUUUAAUUAUGUUGACACGUGGUGGUAGCCCUGGAGAAGCAAAGCAACUUUUUCCUGUAGGAACACACAUAGCAACAGAUGACUUUAAGACUGUCAAGGAUCUUGGAAACUUCUUAAAGAACCUUAGUAUAGAUGAAUAUGCUGAUCUUCUACAGAAAAAGAGUCAGUACUAUUCUCCAGGGUAUUUGAAGGUCUAUCAAAGAGCAAUGUGUAAUAUAUGUGAAAGAAUGAAUUUCAUGAACAAAUAUAGAAACACUAUAAAAGAUAUUCAAAAGUGGGCAUUUGGAACUCGCCCUUGCCUGCAAUCGAAAGAUGUUACAGAUAUUAAGUGAUUAUUAUGUACCUUUUUUGAAGAUUAUUUGUAGGUUAUUAUAUUUUUUUCAAGAAAUAUGCGCGACUUCUUACGCGGAAAUAUUGCGCGAAUUUAGGAACUUAAUAUUAUUCCGCGAAUGAACGAAUAUAUCGUCAUUAAAAACUUUUAAACGCGACGACAUGCAUGAUGUCACAAAUGAGGUCUGUAAUGCCUUUAUUUGUAAUAUCUUCAUGAUUUCUUUUUUAUUUUCAAUACUUGAAGCUUCAAAUCUUAUUACUUAUUACAAGUAUGUAUUGCUUAAUGAUGAGGACGUUUCGAAAUAGCUGAUUUUUAUUCUUAUCUAAUACAGGAAUAUUUUAAACGCCUAUCAUAUGCAUAAAAACCAUUUCAUGUAUAUAGUUUUAAACACUGACAUUGAUUAAUUGACGUUCUUCUUACAUGUUGAACUACGACAAAAAUGUAUUCUUAUUUGUUUUAAGUAUUAUUUCUAUUGUCUGAGAACAGAAAUUGACACAGUUUUUACAGAAUAGACAGCUUGGAAAUAGUACAAUUUAAACUAUGGAUAAAGUCCUUUGAAAUUCAGGUACGGUGUGUAUAUAUGAGCCGUGCCAUGAGAAAACCAACAUAGUGGGUUUGCGACCAGCAUGGAUCCAGACCAGCCUGCGCAUCCGCGCAGUCUGGUCAGGAUCCAUGCUGUUCGCUAAUGGUAUCUCCAAUUCCAAUAGGCUUAAAAAGCGAACAGCAUGGAUCCUGACCAGACUGCGCGGUCGCAAACCCACUAUGAUGGUUUUCUCAUGGCACGGCUCAUAUAUAUAUUCAAUGUAUCCUCGAGAUCCAGUUAACUUUCAGAGAGAGAAAAUUUAGCUUCUCUGGUCCCAACCAGUUAAAAAGACUAAAAUGUCACUAAUGAUUAGUGAGACAUGAAAACAGAGAUUUGAGUAUAUAUAUGCAAAUAUUGAACCAGUACGAAUGUGUAGUACAAUUCGGGCUCGUAUAUAAAGCAGCACCGAAACUAAUCUUAUUGGGUUAGUGGACUUGCUGUGGCAUGUGCGAGUUCGUUUGUACUGCUAGGCGCUUUGCCGUAAUUGGUUUGGUAUAUUGUGGUGGUGAUUUAGUUCGUAUAAAUUCUCUCUACUAUAUAAUAAUUUAUAAUGCGAACUUGUAUCCUAGCGGAUCUCACGUAUGGGAAAGUCAACUGUUUUGAAUAUAAUUAUAUCCCUUAAUGCAAACUAUCUCUAUAUAUUCAAUGUAUCCUCGAGAUCCAGUUCGUUUGUACUGCUAGGCGCUGUGCCGUAAUUGGUCUGGUAUAUUGUGGUGGUGCUUUAAUUCGUAUAAAUUCUCUCUACUAUAUAUAUAUAUAUAUA